AUGGCUACUAGGUCAAGAUUGGCGGUCGUGCUCCUAUUAACCCUAGCUAUGGCCAUGGUAGCAGAGUCAUCGUUCUCACACUUAGACUCUACCACCAUGGCCUUUAAUGUUCAAGGGAGCAAUGACAACAACAUUGGACAUGUUGGAGACAUGUUGUUUGAGGAUGAAGAGAUGAUGAUGCCAUCCGAAUCAGCCCGUAGAACACUCGAUGAGCGCGAUCACAUCGGUUAUAGAGCGUUGAGGGCAAAUAAUAUUCCAUGCGAUCAACGCGGUGCGUCUUAUUAUCAAUGUAAUCGUAUGUCAAAAAUUAAUCCUUAUAGACGUGGUUGUCAAAGAAUUACUGGUUGUGGACGCACAAAUAGUUAA